UAAAUUUACUAAGAUAUUAUGAAUUAUUUUAUAUGUAUACUUAUUGAUAUCAUUAUACAUUGUGUCUAACAUUCUUACAAGAAUAUCAAUUCUAUUUUUUACUUUAUUUACAUUGAAAGAAUUCAGUCAGUCUAUUUUUUCAAUCAGUGUAUAGAGUCAGUAUUGUCAAAUGUCAGUAUUUUCAGUAUUGUAAAUUUAUUUUAUUCUUUUUUCAGCUUUUUACUAAAAGCGUACUACUACUAAAAGCGUACUACUACUAAAAGCGUACUACUACUAAAAGCGUACUACUACUACUACAUGCUGUAGAAAAUACCAUGAAUAAAACUGAACAUCAAAAGCCUGAGUUGGUUUCAGUACAGUAAAAAGACCAUGGCAGAGUUUCCAGAAGAAGACGAUUCAACUGUGUCGCAGUCACAGAGACGCACCAAAAAGUUUACAGUUGCUGGACGAGCAAUGUAUGAAGAAAAUGUCAACAACAGAUAUGCAUCUUUAAGUAAGAUUAAAAGAAAAAUGGACAGUGAAAUAGAAUAUUAUCUACAGUCCAAGAAUAAGGAGAAAAUUUCUGUUCUAGUGAAAGAAAAUCUUGUUACACUCUCUAAGAAAUAUAAACAAGAGGCUCAAGAAUUCAUAGAUUAUCUGAGAAGAACUGGCACAGAAGAAAGUGAGAAAGAAAGACUUUCAUUUGAACUUAUUUUAUCCACACUAGAGAUGAGAAUAGAGAAAACUGUUGAAGAACUCAAUAAUGUUAUAUCUACAAGUGAUGAUCUUUUACCAAGUGAUGCAUAUAGUGAGUCAACAACAACCAAAUCGUCCAAAUCUAGUACCAGUAAAAGAUCAAGCAAGAAAUCACAUUCUUCGAAUUCAACCAUAAUCCUGAGACAACGUGCAAAAGCAGAAGCUCUGAAAGCAAAACUGGAAUUCACAGAAAAAGAAAUCCAACUCAAAAGACAAAAAUCUAAACUCGAGGAAGAAGAACAGAAGAGAAGAGCUGAAGUAACAAGAAAAUCAGUUGACUUGGAAACAGAUUUAGAACUCUUAUGUGCUCAAAAAGAAAAAGCAAUUGUUGACGCUGAACUACAAGCUAUGGUGGAAUUUGAUGUAAUAGACAGUCAAUUAGACACAGAUUUAGACACAAUAGAUUCGACAGAGAAAACAAGAAAAUACAUUGAUGAUGUCUUCAAGUACAACAACGAAACAACAACGGACUGUGAACCAAGAAAUCAAGAAACCGUUAUACCUACAAUAACUACAGAAAUUUCACAAGCUGAAAUGUUUCCUCAACAACAGAAAGUUCAUCAGAAAACUAUUACUGAACUUCCUGAUGAUAGUGAACAACGCCAUGUGUCAACAGAAAAACAUGAACCUACUAGUGAAAGCUCACAAUUUUCACAGCUCGCUAAUUUUAUCUUGAAGAAAGAUCUCAUGUUGUCAAGGAUAACAUCCUUUGACGACAAGCCAGAACAUUAUCAAACCUGGAAAAGUAGUUUCAAAUCUGUGUCUCAAGACUUAAAACUCUCUUCACCUGAAGAACUCGAUCUCUUGAUCCGAUGGUUAGGACCAACAUCCACAAAUCAUGCAAAAAGCAUAAGAACAUCAACUCUGCACAAUCCACUCGAGGGUGUGAAGAAAUUAUGGUCAAGAUUAGAUGAACGAUUUGGAUCGCCGGAAAUGGUGGAAACAUCUCUGAAAACCAGAUUGAACAAAUUUCCAAAAAUUACAGACAGUGAUGUUAGAAAACUGUAUGAACUUUCUGAUCUAUUGUCAGAAAUUAUGUGUUUAAAGGGAAAUGCAAAGUAUCAUGACUUACUGAGCUACUUUGAUACAUCAGUAGGAGUCAAACCAAUUGUUGCCAAAUUACCGAGCAAUUUACAAUCCAAAUGGGUCACCAGAGCUAGUAAAUUUAAACAAACUAACGAUGUUCCAUUUCCCCCAUUUCAUGUUCUGUGCGAUUUUGUCAGUGAAGCAGCAACUACUUUGAAUGAUCCAAGUCUUACGUGUGAAAAAUACGAUACCUGGAAACCAAACCAAACACCAAACAGAAAAGUGAAUGUCAAGAAAACUGAAUUUACAGCAUCACCAAACUGUCCAGUACAUAAUGCUCCACACACACUCAACGAGUGUAGAAACUUCAGAAAGAAACCACUGAGAGAAAGAAAACAAAUAUUACGUGACAAUAACUUUUGUUACAAAUGCUGCGAAUCUACAGCUCAUGUGUAUAAAACCUGUGAUGCUAAUGUGAAAUGCUUAGAAUGUGGUAGUGAACGACACAACACAGCUAUGCAUACUACACCUAAGUACCAUCAAGCUCAUCAAGGAACCACUCCAAGAUUUGACGGUGGGGAGCCACUUGGAGCCUCUGUAAGAUUUGACAACAGGGGACACGAUGUCAACAACAAGUGUACCGCCGUUUGUGGUGACAACUUUUCAGGACGAUCAUGUGCAAAGACUGUUCUUGUCAACGUUUAUCAUGAGAGUGAUCCAAACCGAACUUUGACCAUGUACGCUAUAAUCGAUGAUCAAAGUAAUUGCACACUUGCAAGAUCAGAACUUUUUGACUACAUGCAUAUAUCCAAAUCAGUGACUCACCAAUUUACACUGACUUCGUGUGCUGGACGUCAACAGAUGAGUGGACGCAGAACUUCAGGCUUCUUUGUGUCAUCCAUCGAUGGAUCCGUAACCAUGGAACUUCCGAUGGUAACUGAGUGUAAUGACAUUCCUGAUGAUCGAAGUGAAAUUCCCACACCAGAUGUCAUACGCCAUCAACCACAUUUGCGUGACGUACCGAUUCCUGCGCUUAAUCCAGAUGCACAGAUACUGUUACUUAUCGGACGAGAUUUAGCAGAAGCACAUCAUGUCAAGGAUCAGCGUAUUGGAGCUCGAAAUACACCCUUUGCACAACAGUUGAACCUUGGAUGGGUCGUGGUCGGGGAUGUUUGUUUAGAAAGAUUCCACAAACCAAACAUUACGACAUACAAGACUACCAUAAUUGACAGUCAUCGUGAAACCAUUUUUAAACCAUGUUCCAAUGUUUUUCAGUUAAAAAGUAACAUUUCAGAAUUCGAAAUUCAGAAAAACAUAUUUCAUGUUCAGACAGAUGAUAAUGGGACUGGACUAUCACUCGACGAUCGUGAAUUCAUGGAAUUAAUGGAUAAAUCCUUUCAGAAAGAUCAAGAUGGACGAUGGAAAGCGCCCCUUCCAUUUAGAAACCCACGACAGUCACUACCAAACAACAGAUGUCAAGCAUUAAAACGUGCUCAAAUGCUGCAUGCCAAUUUACAGAAAAAUCCUACAAAGAAAGAGCAUCUUGUGACAUUCAUGAAGAACCUCAUCGAAAGUGACGCCAUGGAAAUCGCUCCAACAUUAGACCCCAAACAAGAGUGUUGGUACUUACCAUUGUUUGGUGUUUACAAUCCCAAAAAGCCAGAUAAAAUUCGUGGUGUCUUUGAUUCUUCUGUGAAAUUUCAGGGAGUUUCAUUAAACAGUGUCUUAUUAAGUGGACCAAAAUUUGUGAAUGACCUAACAGGUGUAUUAUUGCGCUUUCGUAAAGAUGCAGUCGGAAUUAUGGCCGAUAUUGAACAGAUGUUUUACAGAUUCCUAGUGACAGAAGAUCAUCGUGACUUUCUAAGAUUUUUCUGGUACCGCAACAGCGAUCCAAACGAGGAACUCAUCGAGUACCGUAUGAAAGUCCAUGUGUUUGGAAAUACACCAUCCCCAGCUGUAGCGAUGUAUGGUUUACAGAAAACGGUGGAAAACGCAGACGAUGAUGUGAAAAGUUAUGUGUAUAGAAACUUUUAUGUUGACGAUGGGAUUACUUCCGUCCCAAAUGGUUCCGAAGCAGUGAAACUAUUGAAGAAGACUCAGUCUGUGUUGUAUGAAGAAGGAAAAAUCAGACUACAUAAAAUAGCCUCUAACAGUCUUGAUGUCAUCAUCCAUUUCCCGAUGGAAGACCUGGAGAAGAACUUGAAUUCGAUAGAUAUCGGUACAGACUACCAAUCUACCGAUCUACCAAUGCAACAGAGCCUUGGUAUUGCAUGGGACUUAAACAGUGACUGUUUCACCUUUAAUGCAAAUUUUCAAGACAAACCUUUUACCAAACGUGGAGUUUUAUCAAUAGUGAAUAGUAUAUUUGAUCCUUUGGGAUUCAUAGCUCCUAUUGUCAUCCAUGGAAGACUACUCAUGCAAGAAUUCUGCAAAGUUACAAGUGAUUGGGACCAACCACUUCCAAGUGACAAAGAACAUUUAUGGCUACAGUGGAAGGAAUCUUUGAAUUCACUCAGUGACUUUUACGUUCCACGGAUGUUCACAAAGAUUUCACUUAGCGAAUCAAAAUCCUGUGAAGUACACAUAUACUCUGACGCUUCUGAAAAAGCCAUUUCAGCUGUCGCUUACCUGUAUUCAGUCGAUGAACAAGACAACAUCAAUGUCGGAUUCAUUAUGGGAAAGUCCAAAGUAGCGCCGUCAUCAGGACAUACUAUUCCAAGAUUGGAAUUGUGUGGUGCUGUAUUAGCCACUGAACUGAGUGAAAAGAUAACAAAUAAUUUGGACUUACCUAGUAAUUCCGUCAAAUUCUUCACAGACUCCAAAGUUGUGUUAGGAUAUUUGAACAAUCGCUCAAGACGUUUUUACAACUACGUUAGCAACCGUGUGAGCAUCAUCCAUCAGCGUUCCAAAUCUGAGCAGUGGAACUAUGUUUCCACAGGCAACAACCCAGCAGAUAUCGGAACCAGACCUGGUAAAUCAGUUAAAGAAGUAAUGGAUAAAUGGAUUUCUGGACCAAAUAAACCAAACAUAAGCUUAGAUGAAGACUUUUCACUGAUCGAACCUGAGAGUGACAAAGAAAUAAAACCAGUAGUGAAGAAAACUUCUGUGCAGCAAUUUAUUGCUGAUAGAUUUGUGAAAUUCUCAACAUGGCACAGUUUAGUUUGUGCAUUCAGACUUCUAAGAAGAAGAUGUCUCCACAAGAAAGACAAAGAUCGGACCUUCCCUAAAGAGAGUGUUGAAGAAUCACAUGAAACUGAACUUUUCAUUCUCCGUAGUUCUCAGAGACUUUCGUUCAAGGAAGAAAUCAACUGUUUGAAAGACAGUACCCCUCUACCUCGUAAAAGUGCUCUCAUACAGCUCAACCCCUUUCUGGACAAGGAUGGAAUUCUGAGAGUCGGCGGACGUCUUAGUCAAUCUCCGUUACCAAUAAACCAAAAACACCCGAUAAUCAUUGACAGGAAAUCACAUGAUGCCAUUUUACAAGGCAGACAUUAUCAUGAGAAGGUACAACACCAAGGAAGAGUGUUCACAGAAGGUGCACUACGAUCUCACGGUUUCUGGAUAAUAGGAGCCAAAAAGAUUAUCAAUUCUGUGUUACAUAAGUGUGUGAUUUGUAGGAAACUACGUAGACCUUCCUCUCAACAAAUCAUGGCUGACCUGCCAGCAGACAGAGUUGUUCCGUCACUUCCGUUUACUAUUGUAGGCGUCGACGUUUUUGGUCCGUGGAACAUUGUAGCUCGCAGAACACGAGGAGGACUAGCACAUUCGAAAAGAUGGGCCGUACUCUUCAGCUGUCUCACAUCUAGGGCAAUCCAUAUUGAGGUCAUAGAGGAGCUAAGCAGUUCAGCAUUUAUAAAUGCCCUUACACGAUUCAUAUCCAUACGAGGAGCCGUAAAGGAAUUUCGAUCAGAUCGUGGAACGAACUUCGUAGGAGCAUUAGAUCACAUUAAUGUUGAUGUGAUUUAUGUAGAGUCUAGACCAGUAAAGAAAUUUCUGUCUACAAAUGGAGCCAAAUGGACCUUUAAUCCUCCCCAUGCGUCGCAUAUGGCCGGAUCAUGGGAAAGAAUGAUCGGGAUUGCAAGGAAGAUUCUUGACUCUCUUCUACUCAACACAAAAACCAAAGAAUUUACUCAUGAAGUGUUGUGUACAUUUAUGUGCGAAGUUACCGCAAUCAUGAACUCUAGACCGAUAUGUCCUAUUUCUACAGAUCCUGAAGAUCCAGUGAUUAUUAGUCCAUCGAUGUUGUUAACACAGAAGGACUUCAGUGUUGACUUGAUGCGUGUUGACUUUCAUAACAUUAAAGACAUGUACGUAUCGCAGUGGAAACACGUCCAGUAUCUCUCCAACAUGUUUUGGAAGCGAUGGCGAGAUGAGUACUUGCAGAACUUACAAGUCCGUCGUAAAUGGCAGAACAACCAACCUGAUCUGAAGACUGGUGACGUCGUCCUCAUGCGCGAUCCGACGGUUCAUCGCGGACAAUGGCCUCUUGGUAUCGUUACAAGAGUUUUCCCGAGUCAGAAUGAUGGUAAAGUCAGGACGGUGGAAAUUCGUGUCAUCAGAGAUGGGAAACGUGUGACUUUUGUGAGACCCAUUACAGAACUUGUAUUAUUAAUUGACUAGGUCGUAACUAUACUUGUUGCUUACAGUGAACUGACUAACUGUUAUUAUAAUUACCAAUAGAACGUUGGUGAAUUUACAUGGGUAAUUAAUCUUACUAGUAUAUGUUAAGUAUUUUUAAUAGUUAACAUUGUUCAUACUUGUAAUAUCUGGAUGAUAUUAGGUGGGGAGUGUGGUGUUUUCAGAAGUAUUCUACGUACGAAUUAAUUUUCUGGAGUGAGUUACUCCCCUUUUCUUCUACUCUCUUGUCAUUAGAGAUUUUUGCACAGAGCCGUGCAGUACACAACUUCGGUAGAGUCACCGUACUAUCAUUUUGUACAAGCGUACACUUCUAUGCAAGAAACUUAAAGCCCUACGGUCUUUUUACUAAAAGCGUACUACUACUAAAAGCGUACUACUACUAAAAGCGUACUACUACUAAAAGCGUACUACUACUAAAAGCGUACUACUACUACUACAUGCUGUAGAAAAUACCAUGAAUAAAACUGAACAUCAA